AUGACGCUUUCCUUAUUUUUCUUCUGCUUUACAAGGUACCAGCUGAAUCUUUUUGCUCGGAUGUGCCUUGAUCGCCAGUACUUAGCUAUAAAUGAAAUAUCUGGACAGUUAGAUGUUGACCUUAUUCUUCGCUGCAUGUCUGAUGAGAAUUUGCCUUACGACUUGAGAGCUUCAUUUUGUCGACUGAUGUUGCACAUGCAUGUUGACCGAGAUCCCCAAGAACAAGUGACGCCAGUGAAGUAUGCUCGACUAUGGUCAGAGAUACCAUCUGAAAUAGCAAUUGAUGAUUACGACAGCAGUGGAACUUCCAAAGACGAAAUCAAGGAGAGGUUUGCACAAACUAUGGAGUUUGUGGAGGAAUAUUUGAGAGAUGUUGUUUGCCAAAGAUUCCCAUUUUCUGAUAAAGAAAAAAAUAAACUCACCUUCGAGGUUGUGAACUUAGCCCGAAAUCUGAUAUAUUUUGGCUUCUAUAAUUUUUGUGAUCUUCUAAGACUAACAAAAAUUCUCUUAGCUAUUCUGGACUGUGUACAUGUUGCAACUAUUUUCCCUAUUACAAAGGCAACAAAAGGAGAAGAAAGUAAAGGGAGCAAUGUGAUGAGAUCGAUCCAUGGUGUUGGAGAGCUCAUGACUCAAGUGGUACUAAGAGGUGGUGGGUUCUUGCCUAUGACACCUUUGGCUGCUGUCCCGGAAGGUAACGUGAAGCAAGUUGAACCUGAGAAAGAGGACAUCCUGGUAAUGGAUACCAAACUGAAAAUAAUUGAAAUCCUCCAGUUUAUUUUGAAUGUGAGAUUGGAUUACCGAAUCUCAUGCCUUCUGUGUAUAUUUAAACGAGAAUUUGAUGAAAGCAAUGCACAGACAUCUGAUUCACCUUCAGGGAGCAAUAAUCAAGAAAUGCCAAAUGUACCAGGUGCUCUUGACUUUGAAAAUAUUGAAGAACAAGCAGAAGGGAUAUUUGGAGGCAGUGAAGAGAAUACGCCACUAGAUUUGGAUGAUCACGGUGGCAGAACUUUCCUGAGAGUUUUGCUCCAUUUAACCAUGCAUGACUAUCCUCCGCUUGUGUCUGGGGCGCUUCAGCUACUCUUCAGACACUUUAGUCAGAGGCAAGAAGUCCUCCAGGCCUUUAAACAGGUUCAACUGCUUGUUACCAGCCAAGAUGUUGACAAUUACAAGCAGAUAAAGCAAGAUUUGGAUCAGCUGAGGUCCAUUGUUGAAAAAUCGGAACUCUGGGUCUACAAAGGACAAGGGCCG